GAGAUGAGGUCUCAGGUGCUUGGACUGCUGCUCGCCGGACUGGGCCUGGGCCUGGGCCUGGCUCAGAAUCCCUUUGAGAAUCUGGCACUGGGCGCCAUGAGUGUGGCCGCCAACAUAGCCGAGGCCGUGCAGGGUGGCGCGGCCAUCAAUCGUGACCUGAACAUCGACAAUCCCCUGAUGUCGGUGCACUCGAAGACGGCGGCGGGCUUUGGCGAUGCCAUGCGGCCGCCUUCGGGCGAUGACUCCUCCGAGUCUGAGUCCAAGUCCGGGGAGCGAGGGAGACGCAGGCGAAGACGCAGCUUGCAGCGAUCGAGGCGCAUCAAGCGUGCCCCCUGCCACUGGAUGAUGUCCAUGGCCACCGCGACACCCGGCGAGGAUGAGGUGGAGGCGCGCAAGAAACGCGCACGCAAGCGUGCCGCCAACAAUGCCUCUCGAUCCCGCAUCAACGCCAAGAAGAGCGGCAAGAAGAAGCUUCUACGAAGGCGACGCCAGCAGCCGAUGGAGGGACAACAGCAGCAGCAGCAGGCAGCGGGCACUCUUGGCGAUCGCAUCAAGGGCAUGUGGCUGUCCUUUGUGGACAGCGUCGCGGAUGUGGUGCAGCAGGUGCGCCAGAAGAUAUCAAGUGCAGCAGGAGCAGCAGCAGGCGGCGCCAAUUAGGUGGCAUGCACCAGCACCAGUUGUUUUUUUUUUCUCUUGCAUAUA